AUGCAUGAUUGGGCAACAGCCGACAGUAUAAACCGUCAAGUUCUCGGCAUACUUCGCCUUGGAGACGAAUUCGCUCUAGUCCACUACCGUCAAACUCUUUCAAGCUUCUUUCUUUUGCCUUUGCUGUCAUCACUUAUAAUUUUAGGAAAUGGUGAUUUAAGAGAUGUUCAUGUCAACCCCAUUCAACUCACUGAUGAGCAUGGGAACCCAGUUCAAUUGACUGACGAAUAUGGUAACCCCGUGCACGUUACCAAGCAUCCAGGUAUGAGUAUGACCCAGACAGGUACGUAUGAUGGUCAGAUGGGAUAUGAGACUGGUUCUGCGGCUGAGUACCAGCAGCAGCAGCUGCAGCGUCAACAGUAUCGGCAGCAUCAACAGCAGAAGGAUCCACAGAGGCUGCAUUACGAGGUUUCCAGCAGAGAAGAGAUUCAGCGCUCCAACAACUCCAGCUCUAGCUCGUCCGAGGAUGACGAGAUGGGUGGUAGAAGGAAGAAGAAAGGGCUGAAGGAGAAAAUAAAGGAGAAACUAACAGGUGGAAAGCACAAGGAGGAGGAGCAAUCACAGACCAUAAUAAACGCUGCCCAAACCACCAUCACAACCGGCACCACCGCAACGCCGGGGCAGCACCACAUUGAGCACGGGAAGAAGAGUAUGAUGGAGAAGAUUAAGGAAAAAUUACCUGGUCAUCACAGCCACAGAAAAUCUGUGUGAAUGAAACAUUGUUCCUUUAAUUUUGAUGUUCUGUUUUGUAAUAACGUGACUUGAAUUAUGUGUUCUUGUGAAUUUAUUAUGCGUGUGAAGUGUGAUCUGUAAUAAAUAUUUACUUUUUCUA